AUGCACGCAAAAACCCGCUUGCGGCUACUGCAGCGAGCCAAAAAGAAGGUCAGCUGCACGCACAACAUUUGCAUCGACAGGGAUCGUCAAGCGCUGGCCCAGUCCGAGGGCCCCAGUUUCGCUAUGUGGCGCAUCUCGCCCGCAUUUGCUCUGCCACCGACUCCAUCCGCAACAGCCCGCCAGAACGCUGCCAACAAGUCCCGGACACGCCUGGAGACGGCCUGGGGGAUACCUGGAGCUCCGGAGCUCUGGCGGCCUUUGGAGCGUUGGAGGGGCCAACCCUGGACAGUUUGGGGCCACGUGACCCAGAGGCCCAGCACCCAAAUGCAUGGUGUCACCCACCACCCCGUUGCUCUUGUCCGUGAUCCCUGA